AUGAUGUCCGAUCUUCCUUUCGAUUUAGUCGAGGAAAUACUUUACAGGGUUCCAGCCACAUCUUUGAUACGAUUACGAUCUACUUGCAAACGAUGGAAUGCUUUGUUCAAAGAGCGCAAAUUCACCCAGAACCACUUACGUAAAGCAGCCAAGGACUCUAUGGUUCUCAUGUUAAAGGAGCGUAGGGUUUGUCCAGUGAGCGUCAAUCUUAAUGUAUCUCCUCCGUCUAUAGAGUUUCGAGAUUCCCUUGGCCUAAAUGAUUCCCACUCUACUUAUGAACAAGUUGAUAUAGUCAAAGUUUGUCACUGUGAUGGUUUGUUGUUAUGCACAACCAAUGACAAUAGACUCGUAGUUUGGAAUCCGAGCUUGGGGGAAACCAGGUGGAUCCAACUCAAAGAUGAUUACAAGAGAUACUACAACUCCAAUUUCACGCUAGGAUAUAUCCAAAACAACGAAUCUUGCCGUAGCUACAAAAUCUUGUGGAUAUAUUGUGAGACAGAAGUUUGGAGGUUUGAAGUAUAUGACUUUAGCUCUGAUUCAUGGAAAGUUCUUGAUGACAUCAAUCACAAAUCCUCCAUCAUAAUAGGACGUGGCCUGUCUUUGAAGGGAAAUACUUACUCCCUUGCGUUUGAUCUUGAAGAAAAAUCUAAAAUGUUGUUUAGUUUUGAUUUUGCAAGAGAAAGAUUUAAUCGUUUGUGUCUUCCGCAUUUCCAAGAUGUUCGUCAGAUGGUUCUAUCAGUUGUUAGAGAAGAACAACUCUCGGUAUUAAAUUGGAACCGUAGUACGUCAAAGAUGGAGAUAUGGAUAACUAAUAACAUCGAUACUGAAGCUACGCUGUCGUGGAGACUGCACUUAGACAGUACUCGCCCUAAUUGUCCUGUUCCAGUUAUCUUCUCAAGUCUAUUAUUCGACGAAGAGAAAAGAGUUGUCUUGUGUUGUAAUGUAAUGAUAAUGGGACCAGCAAGGACAUGGUAUGCAUUAUCGGAAAGGACGAUAGACAUUACACAGAAAUCCCGUAUGUGUUUGGUUCAAAUCGACAUUUCCAGUAAGGUAGAUUGA